AUGGAUUCUGAUCUGGAAGAAGAUUUUGACGAUUAUCAUUAUGGAAUCGACGAGGACGACGAUUAUCCGGAUUCUCGUCCAACCGUGAUUCUCAUGGGACACAAAAGAAGUGGAAAAACUUCGAUCAGAAAGGUUGUUUUCCAAAAAAUGUCACCAAAUGAGACAAUGUUCGUUGAAAGUACUGCGAGGAUCACCCGAGAUACCAUAUGCUCGUCAUUCAUCAACUUCGAGACAAUCGAAUUUCCUGGACAAAUGUGCCCGUUCGAUGAUUCUCUCGAUCCGAUUGGAAUAUUCCAAAAAUGCGAGGCUCUUCUUUUCAUUAUUGAUGCUCAAGCCGAACUCCAGGAACCGAUUGCCACUCUCGUCGAGUAUUUCUGCAGGGCUUACAAAAUCAAUCAGAACAUCAAGUUCGAAGUUUUCGUGCACAAGGCUGACGGACUAACGGAGGAGGCUCGUGUUGAGACCAAGUUCAACAUAUACCAUCAAGUCAAGGAAACUAUUAAAGAUCAAAUUGACGUAGAUCUACAAGUCACCUAUCAUUUGACAUCAAUUUAUGAUCAUUCCAUCUUCGAAGCAUUUUCGAAAGUCGUUCAGAAUCUCGUUAAGCAAUUGCCAACUCUCGAGCGUCUUCUAGAUGUUUUCAACAACAGCUCGAAAGUCACAAAGUCGUUUUUGUUCGAUAUCCUCUCCAAAAUCUACAUUGCCACUGACUCGGAGCCCGUUGAAAUGAGUAUUUACGAACUCUGCUGUGAUAUGAUCGAUGUUACACUGGACUUGUCGUCCAUAUAUGGGGUGUCCGAGAACGGUUCUAAUUAUGAUGAGCGGUCGUCGUCUGUAAUUCGCCUCAAAUCUGAACAAAUCAUGUUCCUUCGUCAAGUCAAUAAGCAUUUGGCACUAGUUUUUAUCAUGAAGGAAGAUGGCAACGAGAAGGCUGGUUUCAUCGACCACAACUUUGGUGUAUUUAAGGCUGGUAUCGAGCAAGUGUUCAAAGUAAAAAACAGAGGCGUCAACUUCUAA